AUGACUGGAAGGUCGAUCCUAAAGUUUCCCUUUCUUGACCUCAGGAAGGGUGUCCCGCGAAAUACUAUUCCUGGACUUGCACUAUCCAUAGCAAUGCUUAAGCCGAUUAGUGUUAUUGUGCCAAAGGUUCUCACAGACAAUCUCUACAAGGGAGCAGUGGCACUUGCAACCCGUCCCUUUGAUGUUGGGGACAGGGUUAAGGUCGACAAGUACGAUGGGGUUGUGAAGGACGUAAGCCUCUGGUAUGUGAUGCUGGAAAGAGGCAAGGGAUAUGUGUUUAUACCCACGUCCCACAUAUAUAAUGCCGUUGUUGAGCUGUUCAAGUAG